UUCUGAUCUCUCCACCAGUCUCGCCGGGAAUUCAGUUAAGCACAAUCACCGCUAGGAACAAUGUCGCUGCGCUUCCUCCUGCUUUUCUUGCUCGCUUUCCUCUUCCUCUCUUCCGCUCUCACUCCCGCCCUAUCCAAGUCCGACAAGGACAAGGAUGAGGCAGAGGAAGAAGAAGAUCUGAGCUUCCUUGAAGAAGCUGAUGAGAAAAGUGACGCCGCCCGCCAUCACCUCGAGUUUCCAGAUUCAACCAAGGAAGAAGACGACGGGGAACUGGACGACGACGACUUCGGGAAUUACGGUGAUUUUGAUGACUCCGAUUCAGAUCCAUACAAGGAGCCUGAGGUCGAUGACAAGGACGUCGUCGUUUUGAAGGAACGGAAUUUUACUACCGUCAUCGAGAACAACCAGUUCGUUAUGGUGGAGUUUUAUGCUCCCUGGUGCGGCCACUGCCAGGCGCUUGCUCCAGAGUAUGCAGCGGCGGCUACCGAGCUGAAGGCUGAGGGAGUGGUGCUGGCUAAGGUGGAUGCCACCGAGGAGAAUGAGCUAGCUCAGGAGUACGAUGUGCAGGGGUUCCCGACUGUCUACUUCUUUGUUGAUGGGGAGCACAAGCCUUACAAUGGUGCAAGAAACAAAGAGGCUAUAGUGACCUGGAUCAAGAAGAAGAUUGGACCUGGUGUACAAAACAUCACCACCUCUGAUGAUGCUGAGCGCAUUUUGACUUCUGAAAGUAAAGUUGCUUUGGGCUAUUUGAACUCUUUGGUGGGUCCUGAUGCUGACGAGCUAGCUGCUGCUUCAAGACUGGAAGAUGAUGUGAACUUCUAUCAAACCGUGAAUCCUGAUGUGGCAAAGCUUUUCCAUAUUGACCCUGAGGUCAAACGCCCUGCUUUGGUCUUGAUUAAAAGGGAGGCUGAGAAAAUAAGCCAUUUUGAUGGCCAAUUUACCAAGUCUGCCAUGUCUGAAUUUAUCCUUUCCGGCAAGCUUCCUUUGGUUACCAUAUUUACUAGGGAAAGUGCCCCUGCGAUCUUUGAAAGUUCAAUUAAGAAGCAGCUGUUGCUGUUUGCCACCAAAAACGAGUCAGACAAGUUUAUCCUGGCAUUUCAAGAAGCAGCAAAAUCUUUCAAGGGGAAGCUCAUCUGUGUAUAUGUUGAAAUGGACAACGAAGAUUUUGGAAGGCCUGUUGCUGAUUAUUUUGGUGUCACUGGGGAUGAUCCCAAUGUUAUCGCAUACACAGGAAACGAAGAUGGGAAAAAAUUUGUGAUGGAUGGUGAAGUGACCUUGGAUAAAAUUAAGGCAUUUGGGGAGGAUUUCCUGGAAGACAAGCUUAAGCCAUUCUUCAAGUCAGACCCAAUUCCUGAAACUAAUGAUGGUGAUGUGAAAAUAGUGGUUGGAAAUAACUUUGAUGAAAUUGUUUUGGACGAGUCGAAGGAUGUCCUUCUUGAGAUCUACGCACCUUGGUGUGGGCAUUGCCAAGCCUUGGAGCCAACAUACAACAAGCUUGCCAAACAUCUACGAGGGAUUGAUUCUCUUGUUAUUGCUAAGAUGGAUGGGACAACAAAUGAACAUCCCAGGGCAAAGUCUGAUGGAUUCCCAACAAUUUUAUUCUUCCCAGCAGGAAACAAAAGCUUUGACCCAAUUACCGUAGACACUGAUCGCACGGUGGUGGCAUUUUACAAGUUCCUCAAGAAACAUGCUUCAAUUCCUUUCAAGCUCCAAAAACCAGCUUCAACUCCCAAACCUGAAGCAACCGAAGCAAAGGAAAGCAGUGCCAGCUCAACCACCACUGACGUGAAGGACGAAUUAUGAGCUGAUUAUAAGGACCAACAGUAUGCUUAGUUGAUGCCGCUUCAUGUAUCAUCAGCAAGGUAGAACCGGAGUAGUUAUAAGAUAGAUUAAAAUGUGAGUUGAUUAGAAAAAGGUAACUUCUCUGAUAAUUUUCGUGUUUCGAAACUCCGUCAAACCUACCAUCUUUUCCAUUCCUUCUUUCUCAGGAAAAAGUAAUGAAACAAGAAAAGUGUAAUAUCCGCCAUUGUUUCUUCAGUGUAUCUCUAAAGGUAUCCGGCUGAACAUCCAUAAACGCCUUCUUUAUAACUUUCUUGCAUUUUCAGUUUAUACCUACCGUGUUCCCCAAUAUGCCGGCGGGCCUCUCUCUUUUAUAUGUUAUAAUAAUGAGAUUUGUAUCGG